AUGGCGUCCUUUAAGAUGAUGUCUUCUUCCAACUCGAGAAAUUCCGAUCUGUCUCGUCGUAAUUCCUCUUCUGCUUCAUCUUCUCCCUCUAUAAAAUCGCACCAUCUCAGACGAGAUCCUCACGCCGAUCACUCGAGAGUAAGUUUCGGUUUCGGUUACGACGGAAAUAUUCACGAUUAUGCUUUCGCGUCUGAUCCGAAGCCGUUUGAGAUGUCGAUUGAUGCUGAUCCGAGUAACGGAGACCGGAACAGCGUCAACGGCGGAAGAAAGAGUGUGGACGAUGUUUGGAGAGAGAUUGUAUCCAGAGAGAAAAAGACGAUCAUGAAGGAGGAAGCACAGGAAGAAGGGAUACUGACGCUCGAGGAUUUCCUAGCGAAAGCAGAGGCGAUGGAUGAUGAAAUCGAUGUGAAGAUUCCACCGGAGAGACUCAUCGGCGGUGGCUAUUCAUUCGAUUACUCCACGAUGAUGCCGCAACAGAUGAUUGAAGGAGGAUCAAUCGGUGGAGGAAUGAAGGGAAAGAGAGGGAGAGUGAUGAUGGAGGCAAUGGAUAAAGCUGCAGCUCAGAGACAGAAGAGGAUGAUCAAGAACCGUGAGUCCGCUGCUAGGUCUAGAGAGAGAAAACAAGCUUAUCAAGUGGAAUUAGAGACUCUGGCUGCGAAAUUAGAGGAAGAGAAUGAAGAGCUUUUGAAGGAAAUUGAAGAGAGGACGAGAGAGAGAUACAAGAAUCUCAUGGAGCAACUGAUUCCAGUUGUGGAGAAACCAAAGCCAUCAUCGCGGUCUCUAACCAGGAGCCACUCCUUGGAAUGA